AUGGAAAUGGACAGUAGAAUACAGCAACCAUUUCUCUGCGAAAAGUGGUCACGAAGGAGGAAGAGGGAGACUGCGCUGAGCCUCAAGGAGAGAGUAAACGGGCGGUGCACACCGAGCCAUGAUGAACGUCAACGACGGAAAGCGACAAACUGUCUAGGACUCCAUCUCGUUCAGUCACAGUGUGUCUAUUUUCGAGUACAUAAGAACAGAGAAAGAGAGGAAGAGAGCAGAGAGGAGGAAGCGGGCAGCAGCCAGCAGCAGGGCCAUCAUCAUGUGAUGGAGAAGGAGGAGGCGGCAAAAAAUGGAUGUUUCUUUUCUUUUUCUGUCGCUUCUUCUUCUUCUUCAAGCAGUAGAAACGAAGUAGUAGUAGAAGAAGAAGAACUGAGAGCUUGUACCUUUUGGUGA